CGAGCUCCAGUGGCGCGCGCGCAGUCACGACGCCCGCGAGAGGACGUAUGACUCAUACGGCAGCCAUGAACGAGUACGCCGAAUAUGACUGGAGGAUGCGCCACUUACAGGACGAGCGGCUCUGCGGCGUUUCUAGAAAACGGCUCAGUGAUGGAGACAAGCAGCGCGCACUCGAUGGACUCAAAGAAGCCGUGGACUCCAGCCUCAACCUCGCUCUGCGGGACAAAAGCCGGUGCCAAGACGACAAUUUCCUAAGGCGUUUUCUCUUCGCUCGAAAACAUGAUGUGCAAGAGAGUUUCGAGUUGCUUGUGCGAUAUCACCAGUUCCGACGAGAGCAUCCUGAGUUGUGGGCGCCGGCGGAUGGAGGCGUGCUGCGCGCUCUGGCGGACGGCCUGCCCGGUGUGCUGGCUGAGCGCGACCGUCGCGGACGUUGCGUGCUUCUCAUGUUCGCAUCCAACUGGACCCCACAUGCCUGCUCACUACUUUCCGUCUAUAGAGCUCUACUUCUCACCCUUGAACGCACACUUCUCGAUGUACAAAACCAAUCCAAUGGAUACGUGAUCAUUGUGGACUGGACUGAGUUUACAUUCAAACAAUCGUGCAGUUUACAAGCAAAAGUGUUAAAGUUAGUUAUUGAUGGCUUACAAGAUUGCAUGCCAGUGCGGUUUAAGAGCAUACAUUUUAUUGGGCAGCCGUGGUAUGUGGAAACGGCUCUUGCGGUGAUCAAACCAUACCUUAAGGCUAAAACUCGCGAACGGAUAGUGUUGCAUGGCAAUAAUUUGUCGACUCUACAUGACUCUCUGCCCUUGGAUAUCCUACCUGCCGAGUUAGGUGGAGAAGGACCGUCAUAUAAUUCUGAACGCUGGCUACACGAAUUCUGUAAGGGGGAGAACAUAAGCCCCAAUCCAACCUUAUCGUCUUCCGCCCAAGAUAACGACCCACCUUCGGCAAAAGUCGAUAAGGCGUACAAACAAAAGGACAAACCAAACUUUUCGUUUCAUGGCAAUGAAAAAAGUGCAAAGUCAGAGCUAUUGCGUGAUAAAGAUUGACCUUAAAUGGCUCGGUGAUCGAGACGUGCUUGCAUUGGAUAGUGUGUGCAGUGUGCAAGGCGCGCCCGCGCCGCUGAGCUGUCGCGGUUCAUUGCGGUGCUACUGUGACAGAAAUGCGUUUGUGAUAUCGAAUGUACUGCUAAUUUAUUACCUAGAGAUAGAUUUGACAACCGUUAAGUAUUGUAGAAAGUGUAAGAUUUAUUUGUAUGACCUAGUUUAGACAGGCAUUUAGAGUCGUACUGAAUGUUGCGGAUUUAGUGCCGUUUCGGCCGCUGGGCAUGCAAUUAAUGAGUCGUUUUAAGGCGCGGGGGCGAAUGGCGCAUCCCGCGCUUGUCGGCCUGUGCAGGCGCAGCUAACGGUGUCGAGUUCUCAUUUCGUAGCAUCCGCUAGAGCUGUAAAAUAAUCGUGAACUACCUAUUUCGAGCUUCACUUUUUAAAACACUUAAUUUUAUCAAAGAUCUGCGAAUAGCUUUCUUAUUUAUUUAUUUAGUCUUAAUCAUAGAAGAUAAUAUAGAUGGCUCAAUUAAGGCUAUGUAGCAUUCUUUUCAUGACAUAACAAAUAUUCUAUUUAGAAUAUCAGCCUAUUGCUUUUUAGAUCCAGAAAAUUCUUUAUACUUAAACCUAAAAGAUCAAUUAGACUUUAUAUAUUCUGGUUUAAAACUUAGACCUCGCUGUAGAGGAACUAAAUCUUUUGUCUGAAUCUUUUAUGAGAAGGAAAAUAUUAAUAAUUCUUUUAUUUAUACUUUUAUUAUGGGACUUUCCUUGUCCAUUUAGUUAAAACUAACAACACAAGAUUGAAGUAUCUCAUUAAUCGAUAAUAUAAAAUAAUAACAUAAGUAAGUACUCAUAGAUUACGCUUGAAGAUGUGAGGCUUGAGCAUUUACUUUAUUGUUUAAGAAAUCGUUCGAAAGAUUGUUCGACGAUGAGCGAAUGGUUUUAAUAAUAAGUCAUUAUGUGGAUAUUAAGGAUUCAUUUUCCGUUUCUUUCUAUGAGGUCUGUACUUUGUCUUGAGAUUACGUGGUGUGGCAAAUAGUGUCAAGUAAACAUUGACUUACAAUUAUAUGGACGUCGGGUCCGCGAUAAAAAGUGUCCGAACUUAUAGGGCGUUAAAAUCGUAUACAGAGCGUCAUUCACG